AUGAUUCGUCAUGUUGGCGAACAUGUAACGAUACUGGAACAGCCGUACAUUUUGAACUGGGCAAAAAAUAUUGGUGCAUUUUGUGAUGAAGUAUUGAUACGACUCGCAUCGGUUACUGCGAAUGGAGUGAGUCGAUUCAGUGAGCCGUAUGUGAUCGAACGACCAGUUCCACAACUCAAUUCUGCACUCAGCGUUGAGUCAAUGACAUAUUUAGAUGUGCCAUACGACGAUCGAUCGUACCAAUCAAAUGGGACCGUAAAACUGGUUAUGAGAUUCGAAAGAACAGAAUGGCCUCUUGGAGUGAGCGAUUUGGAUGUGGUACCAUUAUUUCAUAUGAUCAACUGUGAGGUUCCUGAUCUCUCAGCCGCC